AUAUCACUUUAUGUAGCAAUACGAUGCAGUAAUACUUAUUAUUAUUAUAUAAAUAUAAUAAUAUAAAUUUUAAUGAUUAUAAUAUCGAUAUAUGUGCAUAAAAUUAGUGAAAUAUGGGGAAUGAUAUUAAUUUAUUAAUAAAACAAGAUUAUGAUAAUAGUUUUGAACUUCACAAAACUCAUGAUUGGUCCAUUAUAUCACAUGACUUUUGGCGGUCAACGUAACGCUCGUUUGAUCGAUGGUUAUGUUUCAUUGUGAUGCAUUCAUCGUGAUAUUUUAAAUCGUUUUCAAUUUUUCCAAUAGUUUGAGAAAAAUAAAUAGAUAAUUAUGGUAAAAUUAACAUCAAAAUUUAUCGAAAAGAAGUACGUUCAAGUUCAAUCAAAAUCCCUUAGUAAGGCAAAUAAAAAACAAGAAUUAUGGAAGUUAACUCAUUUGUACAUGAAUGGAAUGUUUAUCAAUGAAAUUGGUAAUUUUGCUGUGUGCAAAAAUUUAAAAGUAAUUUAUCUUCAAGAUAAUAAUAUAUCACGUAUAGAAAAUUUACACUUUGCAACACAUUUAACACAUUUAUAUAUGCAACAUAAUAAAAUAAGUAAGUUAGAAAAUUUAGAUUGCCUACAGAAUUUGCGCAAACUUUAUGUAGGAUAUAAUUGCAUUAGCGUAAUUGAGGGAUUAGAAAAUCUAGAAAAUUUAAUAGAACUACAUGCAGAAAAUCAAUCCUUAACUCUAGGCGAAACAUUGUGCUUUGAGCCGCGCAGUGCUAUAACAUUAUCUAAAUGUUUAAAAAAACUUAAUAUAUCAAAUAAUAAAAUGACUACUUUAACUGAUAUAGCAAAUUUUAGUGAAUUGGAAAUAUUGGAAGCGAAAAAUAAUUUACUUGAAGAUAUUGAGGAUUUAACUCAAAUAAUAAGUACAUUAAUUUCACUUAAAGAAUUAUACAUGAAUGGUAAUCCAGUUGCUCACAAACAUAGAUAUAAGGAAAGCCUUAUUGCUAAUAGUAAUACAUUAGCAAAUUUAGAUGGGAAGAAUAUUUCUGAUACUUGUCGCAGGUUUUUACAGGUUUUCAAAGAGAAACGUUUUAAGGAAUCAAUUAAAAAAAUAACAGUACCGUUAACAGAUGACAUUGCAAAUUCCUUGAAUUUGCCUCCUGCAUUUAAAAAAUCUGUGUAUAGAGCGAUAUUUCAACAACCUGGACCUAAAUUAUCUAUAAAAGUUACAUCUGCUAUGGGAGAAUUACAGCCUCACAGUUUUCCAUUAUGGAAAACAGCUGCUGGUAUAAACAGUCUAAAGAAUAACCACGUAACUCCAAGACCAUUUUGGAGAAAUAAAACAAAUGAAAAGGAAAUAUGUAAAUUAAAUGCUAUAAAUAACAAAUCAAUCAUGUUUCCACCAAUCUGAUAAAUCACUAAUACUACAUUCGACUCAUCAAUAAUCAUCUAUAUAUAACUUGAGAAUUUAACUUACAAUUAAAUUUACUUGUGAACUAAAGUAUAAUAUGGAUAAGGUAUAAAAAAAAGGAAAUUGAUAACUAUAAGUAUGUAGACAUUGGUUCAUUUCAAGGAAGGUAUAAUAACACUUUCAUAUGUAUUCAAUCUGUAAUAAUAUAAAUACAUUUGAAAUAAAUGAACAACAGAAAUAUCAGAAUGUAAACUUAUAUACUACAUUUGUACGCUGCUUGAAGAUCCAUACGUAAUCUUUUCAAUUCGAUUUAUGUUAAUUUAAAUGCAACUAAACAAUACAAAAACCAAUGGUGCUU